AUGACAAUUUCGUACGAACAAGAGUUGAAUUCAUUGAAGCAGGAGAUUACAGAAAUGAAAAAGGAAUACGAAAGUUUAAUGGGGAAAUACAACGAAAAUGCUCAGUUUGAAAAUAAAUUACUUGAUAAAGAUUCAGAAAUCAAGAUUAUGAAUCAAAAAUUAGAUAGCUGUAGACAGCAAAUAAUCGAUCUCGAGAAUGAAAAGAAAAGCUUAACAAAACAAUUGGAGCCUGCUAAAUUUUAUAAAAGGCAAUUGGACCAAAUGAAGAGCAAAUUACAGGAAAAUGAAUCAACUAUCGCUGAACAAAAAUUGGUAAUAAAUGAGCUAAGACAAAGCCAGUUAACGUUAGAAGAACAGAAAAAAAAGUUAGAUUCCCUGGUCGAUCAGUUGGGCAGGGAUCUUAUAGAAUCAAAUAAGAAAAUGUCAGAGAUGCUACAAGAGAAGCAGCAGUUAGAAAUGAACGGCCAGCUGAUUGUUCAACUUGAAAAAGAUCUUCAGCUUGCCAAGCAGGAAAUAUCCCUACAUGUGAAAGUUGAAGAUUGUUUACGAGAAGAAGUGAGGAAUCUUCAGAAUAAUUUCCAGACAAGUUCUCAAGAAUGUGAAAAGCUGACAAACCGACUUGUAGAAAAGGUGGCAGAAGUCAGAAACGUAGAUUCAACUGCUUUAAAACAGCUGCAAGGAGAGCUGCAAAAGUUGAAAGAAGAUAUGUUGCAUAUGGAAUUCAGAUUUAGGCAAGAGCUGAAAGAAAUGGAGACUGAACUGGAAUAUGCCAAGAAAACAUUAAUGGAGAAGGAAAAGUUAAUUACGUUGAUGAGAAGAAAUGAUGAAAAUGAUGAAGAAACGAAGAAACGAAGAGAUGAGAAUGAGGACAACAAUUGGAUACAAAUGCAGAUUAUCACUUCUCAAUGGAAUGCUUUAAAGUUGGAAAAUAUGAACCUACGAAAGUUGCUUGUUGGUGACAAGACGAUGGGUGAUAACAGAUCCUCCCCAAUGCUGCAUUCAUUCAGUGAAGACUCGUACAAUCGAUUUUUGGAACUGCAGGGUGCUUACCACAAAUCUCUCAAAGAUCUUAAUCAGCACUCACCCGGAAAACAUCGCACCUCACCUCGCUUGCCAACUGAGCAGUCAAACAAGACUAAAAUUUGUGACUCGCCAAGUGCACAUCAUGAGCGAAAAAAAGGGCAACAAGUCUGUGAAUUACAUCCUCGAAAUUCUAAACAGCAACCUCGCCUCUCCAAUAUUUCAUCUGCCUGUGAAAAGGCAAGAUUGAGUGGUCUGCGUAUCAAGCGAUCGCCCGAUACUUCAGUGAAGACAUCCGCAAAAAAUAAAUUUUCACCGUUGAGAGACAAUCUCAAUAGGGCAGCUAUUUCUCUAACUGUCAAAAAAGAAACUUGUGGAGAUGGAUUGGAAUGGCCGGUGGCGUCGAUGUCACUUGGGAAGGAUAACUCAGACUUUCUUACCGAAAAUAAUAAGCCAGGAGACCGGGAAGUUGUGGAUUGCCUAAGAAAGUUCUGUGGUCGACAUAGUCCAUCAAAAACAAAAGAAUUUACGACAAAAGCACUAACAACACAUGAAAGAGGCUCUAAAAUACUUGAAAACGAUCAAAAUAAAAUUGAUUUCGACGCAACUCCAAAAAUUUCUACAGGCAAUAUCAGAUGGAAAAAGUCUAAAAUUACAGUCCAUGAUAAAAAUAAAAAUUUAAGCAUGAAUAACAAUGAAAGGAACGAUGUUAACCUCUUAAAAGGUAAUAAUGUCGCUUCUACGUAUGACAUUUGUUCCAAUUUUCAAUGCUCAUUCUCAAAGAGUAGCAUGAAGAAUGUUGAUAAAAUUGAAAUUGUGGACAACACUGAAAAUGUUGAUUCAUUCGAUUGUUUGACCACUGAUGUGUCUCCCAAUCAAACUGAUGUUCUCUGCAGCAAGUUUGAUUCACUGAAGGAUUCAUUGGAAGGCAUAUCUGAAGACUUACCACUUGAUGAAGUGGAUAUUUUAUUUUCUAAUUUUUAA